AUGGACGAAGGAGGAGAGGAGAAGGACGCAGAGUGGGAUGAAGAACUGGAUGGAGAGAUGGAAGGAGGAAGACGAGGACGGACACACUGCAUUCCACCAGCUCCACCGGAACCCAGAGGAAAAGGAAUCCAUGCCAAGAACAGAUCAGAUCUGUGCCUUGGUACUGAUGGUGUCCUUCCUCCUCAGAUUCAGGGCAGUAACCAGGUCCAGCGUGCCCCCAGAGCCUUAUUCUGUCUGAAACUCAACAAUCCAAUCAGACAGGCAGCGCUCCACAUCGUUGAGUGGAAACCGUUUGAUAUCUUCAUCCUGUUAGCCAUCUUUGCUAACUGUGUCGCUCUGGGAGUUUCCAAACCUUUUCCUGAAGACGAUUCCAAUUCUACCAACCACAACCUGGAGCAAGUUGAGUACGUCUUCCUCAUCAUCUUCACCAUUGAGACCUUCCUGAAGAUCCUGGCCUAUGGUCUUGUCAUGCACCCCAGUUCCUACAUACGUAAUGGCUGGAAUCUUCUGGAUUUUGUCAUUGUCAUUGUCGGGUUGUUCAGUGUUGUCUUGGAAACAAUGACAAAUAAGUCGGGCGAGCAGGCAACCACGCACCACAUGCCGGGGAAGCCUGGAGGCCUGGAUGUCAAGGCGCUGAGGGCCUUCAGAGUCCUCAGACCGCUCAGACUGGUUUCUGGAGUCCCCAGUCUACAGAUCGUGUUGAACUCCAUCAUGAAGGCCAUGGUCCCUUUGCUGCACAUUGCUCUGCUCGUCCUGUUUGUCAUCAUCAUAUACGCCAUCAUCGGUCUGGAGCUUUUCAUUGGACGCAUGCACAGGACGUGCUACUACAUCACAACAGAUAAUUUUGUGGAGGACGACCCGGUGACGUGUGCAUUUUGCCGGUCCUACGGACGGCAGUGCACACUGAACGGCUCAGAGUGUCGAGGGCGGUGGGCAGGUCCCAACGGAGGAAUCACUAACUUGAUAAACUUCGUCUUCGCCAUGCUGACUGUCUUCCAGUGCAUCACGAUGGAGGGAUGGACAGAUGUUUUGUACUGGAUGAAUGAUGCCAUAGGAUUUGAGCUGCCGUGGGUUUACUUUGUCAGUCUGGUGAUUUUUGGCUCCUUCUUUGUUCUGAACCUGGUUCUGGGAGUCCUGAGCGGAGAGUUCAGUAAGGAGAGGGAAAAGGCCAAAGCUCGUGGAGACUUCCAGAACACGAGAGAGCAGCAGAUGCAGGAGAUCGCGGCGGACAUGGACUGGAUCACGCAGGCUGAAGACAUGGAUGACCUGGAUGAUGAUGGACCCUCUCUGGGUGAUUUGUCUGACAAGAAAAGAGGGAAGUUUGGAUGGUUCAGUCACACCAAUGAGACACACGCGAGUCUUCCAGCCAGUGAAACAGGGUCUGAGAACACAGAGAACAUUGACGAGGAACAUCUGAACUGCUGCCAGGCCUGCUGUGCUCAGAUGAUGAAGAUUGGCUGCUGCCGCACGUUGCGGCGCUGGAAUCGGGUGUGUCGCAGGAGUUGUCGCACCGCCGUCAAAUCUGUCAUCUUCUAUUGGCUGGUUCUGCUGCUCGUCUUCCUCAACACGUCUCUCAGCGCCUCUGAGCACUACAACCAACCUGACUGGCUGACAAAAGUUCAGGAUAUUGCCAAUAAGGUGCUGCUGUCGCUGUUCACGGUGGAGAUGCUGCUGAAGAUGUACAGUCUGGGUCUGGCUCAUUACUUUGUGGCGUUCUUUAAUCGUUUUGACUGUUUCGUGGUUUGCGGUGGGAUCAUAGAGACCAUCCUGGUGGAGCUGGGCAUCAUGCCUCCUCUGGGCAUUUCUGUGCUGCGCUGCGUACGCCUGCUCCGCAUCUUUAAGGUCACACGUCAUUGGACGGCUCUGUCUAAUCUGGUGGCGUCCUUACUGAACUCCAUGAAGUCCAUCGCCUCGCUGCUGCUCCUGCUCUUCCUCUUCCUCAUCAUCUUCGCUCUGCUCGGCAUGCAGCUGUUCGGCGGAAAGUUCAACUUCGAUGAGACGCAAACCAAGCGCAGCACUUUUGAUGCCUUUCCGCAGGCGCUGCUCACCUGCUUCCAGAUCCUGACGGGUGAGGACUGGAAUGUGGUCAUGUACGAUGGUAUCAUGGCGUACGGUGGCCCCGUCUUUCCAGGGAUGAUUGUCUGUGUUUACUUUGUCAUCCUCUUCAUCUGUGGUAACUAUAUCCUGCUCAACGUCUUCUUGGCCAUUGCCGUGGACAACCUGGCUGGAGGAGACGAAGGCAAGAAGAAAGAUAAGAAGAAAGAAAGAGCAGAGGAGGAGAACGAAGGAGAAGUGAAGGUAAAGACGGAGACUCUCACGCUGGUCUCCAGGUCAUGGAGCAGAAAUGCAUCUGACAUCUUUGUCUUGCAGGUGGAUGUCGAUGAAGACACGGAGUACGAGGAGGAGGAGGAGGAGGAGGAGGAGGUUCACGAAGGAGAUGACGAAGGAGGAGUCCAACUGAAGAUGGCAGAUCUUGCUCCUCCUAAAGAGAAGGUUCUUCCAAUCCCAGAAGGCAGUGCAUUUUUCUGUCUCAGCAAGACGAACCCGAUCCGUGUGGCCUGUCACAGUCUGAUCCACCACCACAUCUUCACCAACCUCAUCCUCCUCUUCAUCAUUCUGAGCAGCUGCUCAUUGGCUGCUGAGGAUCCAAUCAGAACCCACUCCUUCAGGAACAAUAUUCUGGGUUAUGCAGACUACGCCUUCACCUCCAUCUUCACUGUGGAGAUUCUCCUAAAGAUGACGGUCCAUGGAGCGUUCCUCCAUCAGGGUUCGUUCUGCAGGAACUGGUUCAACCUUCUGGACUUGCUGGUUGUCAGCGUCUCUCUCGUUUCCUUCUUCCUGCACUCUAGUGCAAUCUCAGUGGUGAAAAUCCUGAGGGUCCUCAGGGUUCUCCGGCCCCUGAGGGCCAUCAACAGAGCCAAAGGGCUCAAGCAUGUGGUACAGUGUGUGUUUGUGGCCAUCAGAACCAUUGGAAACAUCAUGAUUGUCACAACUCUGCUGCAGUUCAUGUUCGCCUGCAUCGGAGUCCAGCUGUUCAAGGGUAAAUUCUAUCGUUGCACAGAUGAAGCGAAAAACACUCCUGAACAGUGCAAAGGGACGUUUGUGGUCUAUAAGGACGGAGAUGUGACCCAUCCCAUGGUCAGAGAGAGAAUUUGGCAGAACAGCGACUUUAACUUUGACAACGUGCUGAUGGGGAUGAUGGCGCUCUUCACCGUCUCCACCUUCGAGGGCUGGCCGGCUCUGCUCUAUAAGGCCAUCGAUGCCAACGGGGAGAAUUCUGGUCCGAUCUACAACUACCGAGUGGAGAUCUCCAUCUUCUUCAUCGUCUACAUCAUCAUCAUCGCCUUCUUCAUGAUGAACAUCUUUGUGGGUUUUGUCAUCAUCACCUUCAGGGAACAGGGAGAGCAGGAGUACAAGAACUGUGAGCUGGACAAGAACCAGCGUAAAUGUGUGGAGUACGCUCUGAAGGCUCAGCCGCUGAAGCUUUAUAUCCCAAAGAAUCCGGUCCAGUAUAAAUUCUGGUUCAUCAUCAACUCCACAGGCUUCGAGUACGUCAUGUUCGUCCUCAUCCUGCUCAACACCGUCACGUUGGCUGUUCAGCACUACGAGCAGUCUAAGACCUUCAGCGACAUCAUGGACAUUCUGAACAUGGUGUUCACAGGACUCUUCACGGUGGAGAUGCUGCUGAAGCUGCUGGCUCUGAGGCCCAGGCAUUACUUUGUUGACGCCUGGAACUCUUUCGACGCUCUGAUCGUGGUCGGCAGUGUGGUCGACAUUGUUGUCACUGAGUUCAGUAGUGGAGAGGACAGCUCCCGAGUGUCAAUCACCUUUUUCCGCUUGUUUCGAGUGAUGCGAUUGGUCAAGCUGCUGAGCAAAGGGGAGGGCAUUCGUACCCUCCUCUGGACUUUCAUCAAAUCACUGCAGGCUCUGCCAUAUGUUGCGCUUCUCAUCGCCAUGAUCUUCUUCAUCUAUGCUGUCAUUGGCAUGCAGACAUUUGGGAAAAUCGCGAUGCAGGAUUACACUCAGAUCAACAGAAACAACAACUUCCAGACUUUUCCUCAGGCGGUUCUCCUCCUCUUCAGGUGUGCUACAGGUGAGGCGUGGCAGGAGAUCAUGCUGGCCAGCCUGCCGGGGAAAAGGUGCGACUCCGAGUCAGACUUCGAGCCUGGAGAGGAGUUCAGCUGUGGCAGCAACUUUGCCAUCGUCUACUUCAUCAGCUUCUUCAUGCUGUGUGCAUUCCUGAUCAUCAAUCUGUUUGUCGCUGUCAUUAUGGACAACUUUGACUAUCUGACACGUGAUUGGUCGAUUCUGGGACCACAUCACCUGGACGAGUUUAAGAGGAUCUGGUCAGAAUACGACCCAGAAGCAAAGGGUCGUAUCAAACACCUGGACGUCGUCGCUCUGCUCAGGAGGAUCCAGCCUCCUCUGGGUUUUGGGAAGCUCUGUCCUCACAGAGUCGCCUGCAAGCGUCUGGUGGCGAUGAACAUGCCUCUGAACUCAGACGGGAUGGUGACCUUUAACGCCACCCUCUUCGCUCUGGUUCGCACCGCUCUCAAGAUCAAGACUGAAGGCCACCCAGAGCAGGAGAACGAGGAGCUGAGGGUGAUUAUCAAGAAGAUCUGGAAACGAAUGAAACCAAAACUUCUAGAUGAAGUCAUACCACCACAUGAAAAGGAGGAGGUGACAGUCGGGAAGUUUUACGCCACUUUCCUAAUCCAGGAUUACUUCAGAAAGUUCAGGAAGAGGAAGGAGAGAGGAGUGCUGACUGUUGAGUCCAACUCCAACAAUCCAACUGCAGUACAGCUGUGUAAGGCCGGUCUGAAGACUCUGCAGGAUCUGGGUCCAGAGAUGCGCCUAGCUCUGAACGAGGACCUGGAGGAUGAGGAGGAUGCCAUGAUGGAGGAUGAGGACCUGGAGGACUCGUCCUAUCAGCAGGAGAAUGGUUUUGGAGCAGAGAAGGAACGCCGUGGUUCUGUGCUAGCCACUCCUUCAGGUGCAUAUGGUGUUUUGGCCGAUGUCAGUGUGUCCAAUGGUGGUUUGAUCCAUCGGGUUGGUUCCCUCACCAAGAUGUCCAACAGCAGCGAGCACGACGAACAGCUUCACCGUGCAGACAGCAUGAGGUCAUCUGUCAAUCAUCGCCGUUGCUCAUCAUUGAAGAACGGCAUACAGAACCACGCUCCCGUGAGCCAGACGCACUCGAAAUAUGCACGGCGGGACUCGAGAGACAGAUACGUGAGGAACGGAGACCUGGAUGCUUACGGAGGAGAUACGGAUUAUUACAGCCGAGAGGACGACAACGACAGCGUGGCCUCCAGAGACAGACAAUACGCUGAUGACUUACCAAUGUACAGAGACCACUAUGAUGGCCACGCCCACUCCAACAGUAGCUAUGGCAACCCUUACUCAGAGGGCAAGAGGACUCGGCGGCGCUUGCUUCCUGCCACGCCCACAGGUCGGAAGCCGUCGUUCAACAUCCAGUGCCUACGGCGGCAGGGCAGCAGUGACGACCUACCAAUGCCUGGGACGUACCACCCCACGUCACCUCCUCGCCGCAACCGGGCACAGCAACAAUUGUUUGGAAAUUACGGAUCCCACCACAUGUCGGAUCACUCCUCAGCAUCCUGGGCGAACCCAUGCCCUCGCCGCGGUCGCCUCCUCUAUGCUCCUCUGAUUCUGGUGGAGGAGGAGGCCAGCCCGCCCUGGGGAGGAGCUGGAGGAGAGGGAAACAAAGGGGGAGCAGGAACAGGGGUCAGUGUGACCAGCGCUGCACCACGACCAGCCUGGUACAGUGGGCCUUCAGGGACAGCAGCUCCACCUCCUUACAGGGCGUACACCACACUCAGAGUUCCCUCUCAGCUCAGCGAGAAGCGAGGAUCAGCUGACAGUCUGGUGGAAGCGGUUCUGAUCUCAGAGGGUCUUGGACUUUAUGCCCGGGAUCCAAAGUUUGUGGCGUUUGCAAAGCGGGAGAUCGCUGACGCUUGUCACAUGACUGUGGAUGAGAUGGAGUCGGCCGCCAGCGAUCUACUGGGCUCAGGAAGUCACGGAUUCCUUAGCAACGCUGCCGACCCCGCGGCGCUCUACAGCGAUGAGGAACCAAUCAGGACAAGCCAUGAGGAGGAGGAGCUGGCGGAUGAGAUGGCCUGUGUGUCAUCAUUCUGACAGCCUGUGUGACAUGACUCUGCUGGCUGGUGACAUCAUUCUGACGGCUGUUAACAUCAUUAUGACGGCGUGUGUGACAUCACUGACAGUCUGUGUGACAUCACUCUGACAGCCUGUGUGACAUGACUGAUGGCUGGUGACAUCAUUCUGACAGCGUGUGUUACAUCACUCUGAUGGCCUGAGUGACAUCACUCUGACACAUCACUCUGACACAGU